AUGUCCCCGACCGUUGCCCCAAAGUCGCGCCUUCCUGCACGACCCGCCGAACACAAUGUCCGAACGCCAGCGCAGGUACCUCCCUCUUUACCACGGGGCACACCGUCUCGCAGUAUUCGUCCGUUGAUCUACGCCAUUGGAAUCGCCGGCAUAGUUGGUUCGGGAGCAUUGAUCGGCGCAUACCUGAAGACCGGCCAGCAGCAGAAUGCAGCAAGGAAGCAAGUCCAGCGCCUUACUAGUCCGCCGCAAACCCAGGAGGCUGAGAUAGCCGCGACGAACUCAACCACAAACGCUCCAGGAGAACAAGAAUACGCUCAACGCUUGGAAAUACUGCAGAACAAGCGUGCACAGCUUGUCGCCCAAAAGGUCGGCUUGGAGACGAAGCUACGCGACUUCCGCCUGAGCCAGCAGAGGAAGGCCGAGGAGGAGAGGCAGAUGAAGGAGUUCGGGUUGAAAAGAUGA